AAAAAGAUCACGGGCAGCACCUCCAAGAAAGUCGCCAUCAGAUCGCUGGUUCUCAAAGGGAUGGGUUAUGAUGAAGCAGCAAAGAUAGACGCGGCAGAUUUCGUGCAUCAACUUUUCGCCGCGUUUAAUCACGAAGUCGUCCAUCCCUUUGGCCACAAGGAACAGAUGAAUAUCUUGAACUCUUUGUUCCAAAUCCACAUCGGUACUAGGACAGUGUGCGCCCGUUGCGGACUCGAUCAGGAAUUGAACCCCACGGGAACCCGCGUGCUCACAUUGCAGCCAUCACUAGAACCUCAGGUGGAUCUAGCGACGGGUGCUCCAAGUCCGCAAUCUGUAGAGGCGCUAGUGAAGAAAUAUUUGGAGAGACAUCCCGAGUCCAAUACGUCGUUCUGGUGUCACCGACCCCACCAUUGUUUCGCCCAAGCCCAGGAGAUGUUCAAGCUGAACGGAUCCCCAGGACCAGAACUACUACUUGUGCAGAUCUCUCGGAGUCUGACGAUCGAUGCCCGACGCAACCAGUAUCAGAAUGGUCUCCCGCUCGAACAAUUGAAACAAGUGCGGCGCGUCCAUGAGAAAGUGGCCGCAAAGCUGGCUGUCGCCGACUCGGAGCUGGCGCAGUUCGAAACGGACGCUCGCUCAGAACUGGAGGCUCUCUCGCAAAAAAAACAGCAGGGAGACCAAUUCCUGCCGCUUCCCAUGAAAGUUAUCUCCCCCUUUGAAGAGAAACGGAAAGCGUUGGCAGUUAAACUCAAUACCGUCGGCGAGGAUGUCAUUCGCCGGGAACAGAUGUUCUUGUCGGUCAAGCCACAAGCACCGCUGGACCUCUUCGACGAGCUGCUAGGCGCGAAGCCUCUCAGAUUGAUCAUGGCCGACACGUCCACCAAAGCGCAAAGCCGGGUUUUCUAUGAUCUGUAUGCGAUAGUUUCUCAUCGCGGAGAGACAGUCCAGUCUGGAAACUACUGGGCUUACACGCUUUACGAGGAUAAGUGGUACAAGUGCGUCAACGAGACCGUGACGGAGAUGUCCAACGAGCAGAUGGUCUCCGAGCUGGAGGUCGCCUGUAUCCCCUAUCAAAUUGGCGAGGAAACCAAGCACCACUGGGAAGAGAAAGAGAGCGGCGUGCCUUACCUUUUGUUUUAUCGCCGCAGCCUCGAUCAGACACAGGAUGACAGGACGGAACUCUUCGAGACGCUCGGAUCUCUGGGAGACGACGAUCUUCCAGAGGAGCCCCACUCUUCACAUUCUCUGCACGAGGAGGAAACUGCAACACCGACAGAAUAUGCACCUACACGCUCCGAUUACGAGGACAGUCAGGGAGGCCGGUCCGGGUAUAGUGACGGGGAUUCCAUGCUCACGGAAUGAUGUGCAGACUGAACUUGAUCCAGGGCUGCCAUGUGGAGGAACACACAGGGAGAAACGCCUGAGAAUAAAUGACAGUCUGUUUUGAGACACAUAUUCAUUACGUAAAUCGGUCAAAGCGAGAUUACUUAUGUAAGCCCAUUCAGCCCGGGCUUGACCUUUUUGACAUAAAUGAGG